CUUGUAGACGAUCUUUGCCCAAAAUAGUUCAACUCUUCCACUUCUUUGCUACAUUGGCUCUGGACUCACACUAUGGAGUCGCGUCCGAUCGGGUUGUAUAUAACGGACCUGCAUGCCCCUAGACUUGACCAUGACCGUGGUGUGGAAUUCUGCCCAUCCUUUCGACAGACAUGACCAAGAAGCUCAUCUUCGGUCUCACGGCUCUUGCCUCCAUCGCAUCUGUUGUGGUGUCUGAUACGUGCCGGACGAUACAGGACACCACCGCCAUUGAACUCGACCAUCCGUUGUCUACCGACUACCUGACUGAGAACUUCGAAUACUGGUCAACGGCCUGCAGUGCCCUCAAGCCCUCGUGUAUUCUCUCGCCCACAACUGCUGAGGAGGUGUCGACGAUUGUCAAGACUCUGCGGGCAAAUGGAAACACCGAGAAGUUUGCGAUCAAGUCUGGCGGCCAUAGCCCCAACAAGUACUUCGCAAGCAUCGAUGGGUCACCCUUGAUCUCGACUCGGAAACUCAACGAGGUGAAUCUCGAUGCCGCUUCCCAGACGGUUCGUGUCGGUCCGGGCAAUCGAUGGGUAGACGUUGCAAAAGCUCUGGAUGGUAGUGGAUAUACUCCUGUCGGUGGCCGUAUUGGUGACGUUGGUGUCGGGGGUCUCAUGCUAUAUGGUGGACUGAGCUUCUUGAGUGCUCAGAAUGGUUGGGCAAUGAGCAAUGUUCUUGAAUAUGAGGUGGUGCUUGCCAACGGUACCAUCGCCAAAGCUUCCAAGGACCAUAAUAAAGACUUGUUCGACGCCAUGCAUGGUGGUGGAAACAAUUUUGGCAUCGUCACGUCCUUCCUGCUCCAGGCGUACCCUAUUGACAACGAGAUCUGGGCCGGCUACUUCAUCUUCACGCCCGACAAGCAAUCGCAGAUCCUCGCUGCCAUUCGUGACUUUACCGAGAAUUACGAUGACCACCCCAAAGCUGCCAUCAUAUCCACGACGGUCAUGCCUCUCGAUCUCGUCGAGGCCUGGCUGAUGUUUGUGUUCUACGACGGCCAGGAUCCUGGUGAUGCCUUCAAACAAUUUCUCGACAUUGGACCGAUUGCCAACACCGCAAAGAAGCAGUCAUACGCAUCAUACCUCGAGGCGAACAACUUUGCAGCUAUCCGUGGCUUCAGCUACGAGAUGGGCACUGAGACCACGCCUCUGCCCGCCAAAACCGAUGUUUACGUCCUCGACAGCUACAUCAACUUCUGGCGCAAGACGGCCAAGACUCUUUUCGCGACGGCCGGAAUCAUCGCCUCGAUCGCAUACCAGCCCGUACCAAAGCGUCAGCUCCGCAUUGCAAAGGAGAAGGGCGGCGACCUCCUCGACAUGGACGAGAAUUAUGACUACAUCGUCUUCGAGAUGAACUUGUCGUACAUCAACCUCCCCUUCGACUGGGACGACAAGCGCGUGCAAGACGCCAUGAAGACGCUGUACACCGGCCAAAAGGCCCUCAUCGACGGGUUCAUCAAAAACGGCUCGCUGCCCAGCAUUCCUCACCUCCCCCUUUUCGCCAACGACGGUAACCAGGGCCAGGACUAUUGGGGCCGCAUCAAGCCGGAGAAGCGCGCGUUCGCAAAGAAAGUGCAAGAACUCGUCGACCCGGACAACUUCUUCCGCAGCAGGACUGGCAGUUGGAAGGUCUGAAUGCUGAACGAGCGAAAGGACCUUUUUACUUUUUUUUCUUCGUGCGUAGAGCUUACGUAUCUGUUCCGUAUCUGGUAAUUGGAUAUGAAAUCAUGAUCUUGGCUUACUCAUGUCAUCGGCCCCCAGUUCCAAGCAUUGUCUUCGUCUUGGACGCCGUGGUUCCUACACUUACUCACAUGUUAUGUCGGCCUCUGCCCCACCUUCCCCUUAGUCACGCCCCCGGAGGUUCCGAUGCAACGGCUCUGUCGUCCCUUACACUGACCCUUCCCUACCUUGAGACAACAAUGACAUAUAUAAAGAGUAUUUACAAAAAAG